CGUGGCGGCUUCGCGGAGCCCACGGUCACCUGCGCGCAGCCCUAGGGCACGGCUCCCCCACUUUCCCCGGAGCCGCCGGGAAGAGCGUGCACUUUCUGUAGAGAACUGAACGGUGCUGCCGAGCGGCUCUCACCGGAUGGGGAAGGGGAGAAGUGGUCCCGGAAUCCCAAAAUGUGCCGCUUGGUAAGGGAAAGAGAGCAGGCACCGGAGCCGGCUCUAUGGUCUCGUAGUCUGCGAGGGAGGGUGAUAUUUCUACUGUGGAUUUGUUAAUAUGAAGAAAGACCAGUAUGCACGAACGAGUGAACCGAACAGAAAGACAGUUUCGAUCACUUCCAGAUAACCAGCAGAAACUGCUUCCUCAGUUUCCUCUCCACUUGGACAAGAUCCGGAAAUGCAUUGACCAUAAUCAGGAGAUACUGCUAACCAUUGUGAAUGAUUGCAUACAUAUGUUUGAAAAUAAAGAAUAUGGAGAAGAUGGCAAUGGAAAGAUUAUGCCAGCAUCUACAUUUGACAUGGAUAAGUUAAAGUCUACAUUGAAACAGUUUGUAAGAGACUGGAGUGAAACUGGGAAAACAGAAAGGGAUGCCUGCUAUAAGCCAAUCAUAAAAGAAAUUUUAAAAAACUUUCCAAAAGAGAGAUGGGAUCCUUCUAAAGUAAAUAUUCUGGUACCUGGUGCUGGACUAGGAAGAUUGGCCUGGGAAAUAGCUAUGCUAGGUUAUGCUUGUCAAGGAAAUGAAUGGAGUUUUUUUAUGCUCUUUUCUUCCAACUUUGUACUCAACAGAUGUUCUGAAAUUAACAAAUAUAAACUUUAUCCCUGGAUCCAUCAGUUUAGCAAUAAUCGGAGAUCAGCUGAUCAGAUUCGACCCAUUUUUUUCCCUGAUGUUGACCCCCACAGUCUUCCUCCAGGUUCUAACUUUUCGAUGACAGCAGGAGACUUUCAGGAGAUUUACUCAGAAUGCAAUACCUGGGACUGUAUUGCCACAUGCUUCUUCAUAGAUACAGCUCACAAUGUAAUUGAUUAUAUCGAUACCAUAUGGAGAAUACUCAAGCCAGGUGGAAUUUGGAUAAACCUUGGUCCUCUACUGUACCAUUUUGAAAAUCUGGCCAAUGAACUGUCUAUAGAAUUGAGCUAUGAGGAUAUUAAAAAUGUUGUUCUUCAGUAUGGAUUCCAGCUGGAGGUGGAAAAAGAAUCUGUAUUGUCAACAUAUACUGUGAAUGAUCUCUCUAUGAUGAAAUACUACUAUGAAUGUGUUUUGUUCGUGGUCCGGAAACCACAGUAAUGGUCUUGAGUGAUAUUACCUAGAAAAAAGUUUAAUAUGAACAAAUGCUGAAAUAAACAACUCACAGUCAACUAUCAGUGACAACAGGACACAACCUCAAAUCAGUGGUGCCUUCUUAUUCCUAACAAAAUUUAGAAAUAGUGUCUAUUUUCUUAAUAUCUAUUGCCUUUUUCAGAAAUAUACUAUACCAUGCAGAUUCAUACUGCACAAGAAAAAAAAAUGGAGAAAAUAUCUCCCAUGCAGAUAUAUAAUGGAGGAAAUAUCUUCAAGUACUUUUUUCUUUGAAGCCCAGAAUUGUCUUUCUUUAAGAAAAUAAACCUAAACUCCAGUCUUCAUGAAGCUGUUGCAAAUCUGACAUAUUAAUGACUGAUAAUGCUAAAGUCCAUACUAAUCUCCUUUUUGGGUUUUACAUUACCUGUGUUAUUUUUAGAAGAGUCUAAGGAUCCUCUGUCAUAUUAAGCAUCUGGAACUGGAACUUUGUUCUCAAUGGACCUAUGUAAUCUAUACUUAAAGAAUUUUGAAACUGUUCUUUCAAUAGUUUGAUUCAAAUUUGGGACUUUUUUUUUCCUUACCUCAGCUGAAUUUAGAGAGGCAUCACAUAUGUCUUCUAUGGAGUAUUUAUUCAGUUGUAUCACAGGUGAAAAUUCAAUGAAAUACAUCAACAGAGAAAUUCAGUUUUUAUCCAUGCUAAGCUGAAUCUUAUAGAAACUCCUGGAUCCCUUUAAAAUGUAUAAGAUAUAAACAUUCAGAGACACAAAAGUUUUUUCUUUCUUUCUUUUUUUUAAAGCAGUGUUAAGUAACUGAGAAAAUAAGAAUAAAAUCUGCCCAUCUGAAACAUAACUUCAAAUUAGAAAUGAGUUAUAAAGUUUGUCAGUGUAAUGUUUACUAUGAUGUCUUUUAUUAAGUAUGUGGCUUAUGAAAGCGAGCACUUUUUUUUUUUAGUUAAAGUGUACUUUAGUAAAAACUGUCAUGAUAGAAUUAACAUGAGAAGUUUGAGUAUGAAAUUCAGGGAUAAGUUAAUGCCCAUGGUCUGUGUCUUCAAUAUCCUAGGCAGCAGCUAUUCAUGGAAUUUCAGAUUAAUAACAGUUUUGUCCCCUGAUAGAGUUGGAGUUUAAACAGUGUGUGUGCUGCUUUAAUUUUCUACCUCUAGGGAGGCCUGUUUGGGAGGGAGUUGUUGCUGUUAAUUUUAACAUUGGUUAUUCCGUUUCCAUUAGCUAGGAAAGCAAAGAUGACUGAUACUUUAAUUUCUACAAGAAAAGAAAGCUCUUGCUGAAUAUUUCACAGAUGGUUGUGACCUCUGUGACAUUUGGAUUAGAUGGAUUUAAUAUAUGCUGGUGGUUGAACUGCCAUGUUGCCAUGCUUUAAUAGGAAGCCUUACUGUAUGUCUUCAGGCCUUUGUGUUGCUUAGGUUGGGGAGUCUGUAGGAUCUGCUCUUUCUGGUUGGGGGAGUUCUACACAGUAUGGGAUCUUUUCUCAUCUGCCCUCCCCGAUGCAGUACAUGGCUCCAUGGAGUGAAUUUUACUUCGGCUAUGUAAAUACAGUCUACUUACCUUUUAAAAUUAUUUUUUCUUCUUCCAGUGUUCAGUACUUCAUAAGUGUUCAUUUGGUAAAGAAAUUCUCAUUACUUACUAUUUGCAAGGGUGAAAAAAUCUCCGAGAAUUAUUUUUUUAACGAAAAAAAAUUUAAAGAAAUGUAUUUUAAAAGACAUUGAAGAGCAAGGAAUGCAUGUUUUUGUUUUUGUUUUUGUUGUUAUUUAGGAAUACUUUUUAUUCAUUUUGUAGUAUUUUUUUAUAGCCUGGUUUUGUUUUUCUUACAAAGACAAGAACGGACUGACACCACUGGGUUGGUUUUGUUACCUAAAGUUUUUUCUUUUCUGUCAUGUUUUACUCUUUAAUAAUACUACUUACAUUUCUAAAUUAUAUAUUUUACUUAACUCUCAAAUCAGUUAUUUCAUUUAUUUUUAGUUUUUCUCAUAUCAUGAAUGUUUUAAAAAUAUUCCUUAUAAAUUUGCAUCAUUCUUUUCUCUUGUGGCUUUUGAAGUUAAUAUAUUCUAAAUGUGGAAAUGUGGUAUAAAUCAAUAAUAGAAGUGUCACUGGAGGAGCUUAGUUUUGUAUUUUUUUAUAUUUAGGUCUACUGAAGUGUGUAAGCCUUAAGUUUUAAGUUCUUUUUCUUAAAUUCGCUCUAUACACAAAUGUUUUCAUCUUCAUAAGGUGAUCAUGUGCUUGCUGUUUUCAAAUUUCGACUUUCUGAGGUGGUGCAAAUUUAGGUUCUGAUCAAUGAGCAAGAUAGGGCAUAUAAAAUAUACAGGAAAGCUGUAGAAAUCACAGUAUGAAAUAAUCAAGUUUGAGAACUGUAAAAUAUAUGGUAUUUAUAUGUAAUUCACAUUCUAAACAUUGCCAGAUGGUUGAAUUGGAAGCUUCAUGUCUGCAUGAAAUUUCCUAUAUUUUUAAUGUGUAUAUAUGGACUUAAUUUUUCUUAAAUAUUAAAGUCUGCCAAUUGCUAUAACA